UUAAUUGAUUGGCUGAGAAAAGGACCUAUCGUUUUCCUCUUUAUCACUUUUUAAUGCGCAAAAUUGAUGAAGACAAACAUAUAUCAAAUGGAAAAUAGACAGAUUUUGUCCCGAAUAUGGAGCGUUCAUUCUUGGACUAACUCAUGAUCCAUCUUUUGCUGCAGCAUUGACGCACAAUCCACUUCUGUCAGAAAGAUGGAUUUCUACUCCUGAGGAUGCUUUGAACUUUAUCAAGGAUUUUGUUCAACAUUUUUUAGUGAAGGACGUCGGGGAAAAUAUUCCUGAAUUCACCUUGGACGCUUUGCGCAUUGCGUAAUUGGAAGGGAAAUGCGCUUGUCCGUUAAAUAGGUUACACAUAAUGUUGGGACCAACCUCUACUGGACGGCGUUUAUCGCAGCGUGUAUAUUGUAAACACAACAGAAACAAGAAUGAGAGUGUUUAGCAUGCUUGGGGAAGGUCAGCAUCGGAUGCUGGUCGCGCUCUGUUGGCUGGUUUUGGUUGUGGAGAGGAGCGGAGCAGUAUCCAGAUGUGUGGACCACGCCUGCAGUCCUCCUGUUGGGAACCUGGCGAGUGGCCGGACCCUCCUCACCCACUCAAGCUGCUGUGGGAACAGCUCCUUCCACCGCAGCCCUUGCCCCCAUUCUCCUGCAACGCCCCACCUCCUCUGCCCCGAGGACACUCACCCACCUGCUCACAUGACUGAUGACCCUUUCUUGCAUCCAGAUACCUGGUGGGCAUCAGGUGCAAGCACCACCACGCAAGAGCAGCAGGAUGAGAUCCGGUUGGACCUGGAGACAUAUUUCUGUCUGUCCCAUGUAGUUUUAGUGUUCAGGUCACCCCGGCCUGCUGCAAUGGCCAUCGAGCGUUCAGCUGACUUUGGAAAGACCUGGGACGUUCUGAAGCUAUUUGCAUACAAUUGCAGCUUAGAGUUUGGUUUGCCUGAUGAUUUUACUCAGCCAGGCUCUGUGUGUACAUCCCGUUAUACCAGUGCUACACCCUGUAGUGGAGGCGAGGUAAUAUUACGGACAUUAGACCCCAGCAAUGCUAAAACCCUGGAUGCUUACAGUGCAGAAGCCCUCAACCGCCUCACCCUCACUAACCUCCGCAUCAGACUGCUUAAAGCUCAGACCUGUUUGGCACCUUUAAAUCCUCCCACAGCCUCAGCUCUGACUGCCACAUCCACCACAGAAAGCCCCGCCUCAGCACCUUAUGCUAUUUAUACUUUACUGGCCAGAGGGACCUGCCUGUGCCAUGGUCAUGCUGAGUAUUGUGUACCAAACAACAGCAGCCAAGACACAAAACAGGACAGCAACAUGGUGUCUGGUAGGUGCCUGUGUACUCACCACACAGCAGGGGAUCACUGUGAGAAGUGCGCCCCCCUCUACAAUGAUCGUCCCUGGAGGCCUGCCAACAGCAGCAGCGGGGAGUCCAACCCGUGCCAGAAGUGCCAGUGCCACGGUCACACAGAUAGCUGUCACUUCUCUCAGCGGACAUGGCUUUCCUCUGGUGGCACCAGUGGGGGCGUUUGUAAUGACUGCAGACACAACACAGUCGGGCGCAGGUGCCAGCGCUGUCGCCACGGCUACCACAGGCAUCCAUCCCUCCCUCUGAACUCCCCCCACGCCUGCACACGCUGCUGGUGUGAUCCACUGGGCUCUUUGCCUCCUCGUCCUGGAGAAGAGGGACCCUGGUGCCAUCCUAGAAGUGGGCAGUGCCACUGCAAAUCAGGCGUAGGCGGCACAGGCUGCAGCCACUGCCUGUCUGGUUACUGGGGUUUUGGAGAGGAGGGCUGUAAACCCUGCACCUGCCCUCACAGCUGUGAUCCAGCCACUGGGCAGUGUCUUGACAGCUACUCAAAUAAUCAAGUGUUCAGUGUGCCCAUUGGUGGAAAAAUCCCUGAUCUGGAUCACAUGUUCACCAUAGAAGACGAGGUACAGUGGUCAAAGGAGCUUGCAGUCUCUGCGCUGCAUUACACAGGAAAGUGCAGCUGUAAGGAAAAAAAGCUGAGAAGUGCUUCCGACCUCUGCAAGACCAAACAUGAUUAUGUGAUCAAGGCCAGUGUGCUGUCUGCUCAUGACAAAGGCAGCCAUGCAGAAGUUCAGGUCAAAGUUCGCAAAGUCCUUCGAUCAGGCCAAACGGAGCUCUACUUAGGGACCAUCAGCAUCUUUCCUCUGUCCUGGACCAGCCGCGGCUGCACCUGUCCCAUUCUUAACCCAGGUAUGGAGUACUUGCUGGCUGGCCCAGAGGAGGCUGGGACAGGACGUCUACUGGUCACCAUGCAGAGUGUUGUGGUCCCGUGGACACCCAGACUCGGCCUACUUAUAUCAGAGGGCCUGAGGAAUGGAUGUACAUGAACACAGAUCCAAAAAGGCAGGACAGACUUCAGAAGACUUAACAAGAACAUUUGAGUCAGUGGACAAUUCAGAGAAGGGACUGAAAAUCACUGAACAACAUGCAGAGUCAAACUCAUGAUCAGUCUUGGGACACAACAUUGAAGAAAGAUACUCACAAUGUGUGAGAGUGCAACACAUAAGACUAAAACGAAAACCUGGAUUUGUUUAGAUCUGACUCAACUUCAAUGUUUUAUCUCUCAGAAAGGAUUAUAGAAAAUAGAAAAUAUGUGAUGGGCAAAAGAUUUCUUGAAUAUUAUUUAUAACUUUUGAUAU